AUGGAUCCUUUCAACAAGCUCCCUUCGGAGCUCCGUGUGCAGAUCCUGAUUUCUCUUCGCAGCAGGCGCUCCGUAUUGCGGCUCGCCCAGGCAUCACCCGCUAUGCUUCACCAGUACCUCAUGUCUAAAGCAUACAUUGUACGUAUGUUGGUUGCCCUGGACUUCGACGAUGACACGAUACAGGACGCCAUGGGAAUCAUUCUACUUCCUUCACCUGAUAACCGUGGUCACUACUCGAAAAUACUUCGCCGUCAUUAUGCCCGCUGGUUAGAAAACCGGCUCCCGAAUCCUCUCGAGACGCGUGAUGGCAGCCUCAUUGACGAAGUCCACAGACUACAAGCCCGACUAUUGCUGUUCAUUGAGGACUAUCUUACCAAGGCCACAGCUAUCUUUCCGCCGCGAGAGUAUGUCUGCCUUCCCGAUCUAUCGCCAAAAGGAACUCACUUGAUGUUCAAAGACAAAGCUGUCAGCCCCAGAUUCAACGCUACCCAGCUUACCGAUGCGGAAAAGAAGCGGCUCCUAACAGCAUUUCUACGAUAUGAGAUGAUGUGUGCGAUCCGCCAUCCAAUAACCGGAUUUGUGACUGGAUGGGAUUUAAGUCCAUCAUAUAAGUACAAAGACCAGAGACUUGGGCCCUCGGAAAGAGAGACCAUUCGUUGCGUCCACCAAUACGUCAAGUCCCUCUACGCGGCAAUGUUUGCGUAG